AUGGAGGCCGGCGUGGCGGCGGGGCCGGAGGCGGCGGCGAGCGAGGCGGAGGCGGCGGUGGCGGCCGAGGCGCUGCGGCUGCUGCGGAUCGAGCCCUCGGCAGCGGGCGAGCCCAGCGCGGGGAGGGCGGGCGGCGCGGCGGGGUCGUGCUCGGUGCGUGUGGCGGGGCCGUGCUCGGUGCGUGUGGCGGGGCCGCGCUCGGUGCCGAGGAACGCGCUGCGGAAGCGGCGGCGCUGGCAGCGGGUUCUCGCCGCUCGGCGCGGGAAGCGGCGGCAGGAGCGGCAGCGCCGCCGGGCACGGCGGGCAGCGGCGGACGGGGACGGCCGGAGAGCGGCGCUCGGCAGCGGCCCCGCCGGGCCCGGGCCGCCCUCCCUCCGCCGCGGGAGGGUCCCGGCUGCCCUGGCCGUGGAGCGGCUGCUGGAGGCGCGGGCGGCGGGGCCGCGGCUGUGCGUGGAUCUCGGCGUGGGCGGCAGCAUGACCGAGAAGGAGAGUGGCCGCCUCGCCUCCCAGAUCCGGAGGCUCUACGGGGCGAACCGGCGAGCCGCUCGGCCCUUCUGGCUGUGCCUGACGGAGUUCGCGGCCGGGACGCCGAUCUACGAGCAGUGCUUCCGCAUGAACGACGGCUUCGCUGGAUACCUGAUGGAUACAACUCCAGAGAGUUACCUGGACCUGUUUCCUUUGGAGGCCAUUGUUUAUCUCACUCCUGACUCUGAGAAUGUCCUUGAAGACAUCGAUCCGGACAAAGUGUACGUGCUGGGAGGGCUGGUGGAUGAGAGCAUUCACAAGGAGCUGACCCUGCGGAGGGCACGGGAGCAGUGCCUGCAGACAGCCCGGCUCCCCAUCCGCGAGUACAUGGUGAAAGCCCCCAAUUCCAGGAACUACCACUCCGAGACGCUGGCCAUCAACCAGGUCUUUGAUGUCCUGUCCACCUACUAUGAGACACGGAGCUGGCCAGCAGCUCUGCGGGCUGGAGUUUCUUCUGGGAAAGGCUACGUGCUACCGGAUACAGCGGAACAGGUGGAAACACCCCAGUGCGCCACUGCUGCCCAAGAAAACUCUUUAUUUUGUGCUGAGGAGCUGCAUAGGCAGGAAGCACCAGCGUGACUGUGCCCAGGAGACAGCUGUUUCCAGCAGUGUGAGGACCUUGUUGGAGCAACACCUUCUACCUCAGGAAUGCAGUACUAGACAUUCCCUGUGCCCCUGAGCAGGAAAGAAAAGCUGGUGGAGCCUUGAAUCAAGUGAAAACUGACAGGAAUUCAGUUUUGCUUCUUUGCAGCUGCUUGUGACUCCUGCACCUACAUGUGUGCUGGGAUGGGGAGGAGAGCUUUAAGGUGUUUUUCUCAUUUUAUUGAAACAGAGAGUAAGGUGAAGUUAGGAUUGCAAAGCAUAUGAGCAAGGAAAACCCCCUACGAUGGGACAGGACAGUGCUGUUCCUGCAGGAGGAUGCGGGAUGGGGAGCUGCUCCCAAGGACACUCUGUCCCAACAGCUUAAAUGCAGUGAAGACUAGGUGAGUUGAAGCCUUUGGCUAGUUGUACACAUCUAAUAUAAAAUGAAAG